AUGUCUCAGUGGGACGACGUUCCUUCCGAGGCUCCUCCAAGUUACAACGAGGCACUACAGAGUCCUCCAGUUCCUCCACAGAGACCGCCUGCUACACCACAGCGGCCCCAAAAUGCAUAUUCUGGUCCUCCCUCCGGCUCUAGGCCCCCGGAAAAGUCUUCUGGUGCUCCUCGUCCACCCAGUAGACCUUCGGGGAACUUUUCUGGUGCUCCUCCUCAACAGGGUCCCAGCCUGAGCCUGAGCCAAGGAUUCACACGUCCACCCAAUGGCCCUAACACGAGCUCGCUUUAUUCCAACAACCAGUCGCUUCCAUUCAAGUACCCAAGAGGCUAUCUUUGCAAAAAAUGCAAGAACACUGGCUUCAAAGAGAAAACGGGCAAGCCAUGUAUGGACUGUUGGAAGAAGUUUCUUGGCCCAGAACCGUAUAACCCGAAUCCACAGCUUCCCUUCCGCUACCCUAGACGAUACUUGUGUGAGAAAUGCCUCAACACAGGCUCCAAGUUGAAGAAUGGAAAACCUUGCCAAGAUUGUUACACAUAUCUAGCUCCACGGAACAAUGUCAGUAUGACCUACGCGGUUCCUGCUCUGCCUUUCUCCUCGGGUCCAGUACUUGCAUCACCGGCGUAUGGCCCUCAGUACGGACCUCAGUAUGGGCCUGGGCCUAACAGGGUCCAGGUUGCUCCUGGUGAUCCAAGAUUGGGAGGUUAUCUAUGCGGGAGAUGUCGUGGUUCCGGACUUGUUACGUUUCUUUUGGACCAAGAGUUGUGUCCUGUGUGUGGUGGCUUGGGCAGAAUUCUUAAUGGACAGCCUUCGACGGGCUACUAUGUGUAA